GCAACAACAACAAGACAACUUCCGUCCGAUCCUCACACACACAAGAUACUGAUAGCAUCCUCAUUUCAGAGAGCAUUGGUUUAGUAAUUAACAGGUUAUUACAUAUGUGCGAACAAUAAAUGGAACAAUAAACAUUAGCUUGACCUUUAUUUCCCUACUGUGGUUAACUGGAAACUGAAAGAGUCAUUGCACUGCAGAUACUGUCUCCCAUAAGGGCGAGGAUGAGCGACGGCGAGGUGUUUCAUGAGAAACAGAGAUUGGAGCUUUGUGCCAUUCACGCCUUGAACAACGUGCUUCAGGAGAGAGUUUUCACCAAGGAGACAGCAGAUGACAUCUGCAAGCGGCUUGCCCCACAAUGUGUGAUGAAUCCACACCGCUCAGUGUUAGGCACUGGAAACUAUGAUGUGAAUGUGAUUAUGGCAGCUUUGCAGAGUCGGGGACUUGCUGCAGUUUGGUGGGACAAACGCAGGUCAGUACAAAAUUUGUGCCUGGACAAGAUUCAAGGCUUCAUUUUGAAUGUCCCAUCAAGGGUGUCACUGGGAAUUGUGUCUCUCCCACUGAGACGCAGACACUGGCUGGCGGUACGAGAGGUCAAUGGACAGUACUAUAACCUAGACUCCAAAUUAAAGGGGCCUGCCUGUAUUGGAGGAGAAACAGAACUCAGGUCAUUUCUCAUUGAACAGCUUUCUCAAGAUGUUGCGGAGAUGCUCCUUGUCGUCCAAAAGAAAGUAGAAGAUGAUGGGACAUGGCUGAAGCCAGAUGACCCAAGGAAAUGAUUUCUUGGAACCGGCUAUUCUCUCCUCCUCUCUCUCUCUCUCUCUCUCUCUCUCUCUCUCUCUCUCUCUCACUGUAGAGCCAAGUAAUUGUGAAAGGGAAACAUUGGAGCACAGAAAGGCAUAAUAUAUGAGCUGUGGAGAGCAGCACUACAGGAAGAUUGCAGAUAGUGUGCUCCCAUUUAUACACAGACACUCACACACAGGAAAGUCUGAGAGAAUGAUCUAGUGUUUAAUUAAAGGGACAUCUUGUCUAAUGUGAAGCUGCUGAUUAUUUGAACUCACACUGACUGUGUGGUUGUUGGAAGACACUACUAUAGCUGUGCCAGCUGCAUCAUUCUCUCUCUACUUUUCCUGUCUUUUUAGCUCUCUCUCUCCUCUCAGGAACUAUGAUCUCUCACUUUAUCUAUGCACUCCACUGCUGAAGUAGAUCAAAAAUGUGUGUCUUUGUUACAACUAUGCACAGAAAUGGUACUCUAGUUACUCAAAGUAUGUAUCAUUCAUUGCCUCUUAGACGUCAGUUUACAUACUACUAUGCAUAUACAAAAGUGAUGAGUCUUUAUCUCUUUUAUGCCCAUGUACUCUGAUUUUUCAAACUGCCUCAUUCACAUCAACUCUGUGAAGACUGCCAAAUGGAGGGAAAAAGAAUACAUUUGAUUUGUGUUAUUUAUUUGAAUUUUUGCUUCCCCUUUGAAUGUUUUUGCAUAUGUAGUGUUUGUGGUAGUAUUUUAAAUGGAAGAGCUAUUUGAAACUAAAAGUUUUCCCAGUC